AUGAAACAAUAUAAGAGGAAAGGAAACAGCUGCCUAUCUAUGAGUUUAAAGACCAGAUAGUAGAUAUUAUUAAGAACAAUCUUACUUUAGUUUUGUGUGAUCACUGGUGAGACUGGCUCUGGGAAGUCCACCUAGAUUGCUCAGUUUAUAAUUGACUCGCUUUCAGUUGCUGACUUCAAGACAUAUGCUCAUGAAGACAUUCAAAAGAUGCUGGAUGCUCAGAUCAACUUGCCAAAUGAGGACUCACAAGUAAAGAUAAAAGCAGACAGAUUAAGAGUGGUAGUGACUCAACCUAGAAGAGUAGCUGCAAUUCAAAUGGCUAAGAGAGUUUCCACAGAGAGAGGGGCACGGUUAGGCAGAGAAGUGGGCUACUCCAUCCGUUUUGAUGACUUCACAGACCCAAAUGGGCUAACUCAGAUAAAGUAUGUAACUGAUGGUAUCCUGGUUAGAGAAUGCCUGAUUGACCCUGACUUGAAAGACUACCAAGUAGUUAUUCUCGAUGAGGCUCAUGAGCGCAGUUUAAACACAGAUAUCUUGUUCGCUUUGGUGAAGCAAGCAGUACUCAGGCGUUAAGGCACUUUAAGGCUAGUUGUUACCUCAGCUACCCUCAAAACUGAUCAAAUAGCUAGGUAUUACUUUGGAAAACCUCAUGCUCUACAGCAAGAAAAUGGCAGCACUGGAUGUCCUGUGCUAUCAGUAAGUGGUAGAUGCUACCCUGUGAGUAUACUGCAUUAAGAUAGUUCAAAGGAGCAAAGAGUAGACAAUUCCGUGCAGAUAGCAAUUAGAGUGCAUUUGAAUGAACCAGCUGGAGAUAUACUUGUGUUCUUAACUGGAUUCGAGGAAUGCGAAGCUGCUUCCAAAAAGUGCUUUGAUAUCCUCUCUGAUAUUGCUCAAAAGAAAUAAGUGCCUCCAAUGAUGAUUGUCCCAUUGUAUGGUACAUAAACAGCAGAGUAGUAAGCAAAUGCCUUUUUAAAGACUCCAGAAAACUGCAGGAAGAUUAUAUUCGCGACAAACAUCGCUGAAACAUCGUUAACAGUAGCAAAUAUUGGUUAUGUAAUAGACUCAGGAUUCGUUAAGUAAAAGAUUUAUAAUUCCCAGACUGGAAUGGAAUCAUUGCAGAUAGUGCCUAUUAGUAAAGUGCAAGCUAUUUAGAGAGCAGGUCGAGCUGGGCGAACAAGAGAGGGUAAGUGUGUAAGAUUGUACGCAGAGAAGUUCUACUAAGAACAGAUGCCUGACUCCACAGUUCCUGAAAUCAAAAGAGUCAACUUAACCAGCACUGUGCUGACUCUGAAAAGUAUGGGUAUUCAGGAUGUAAUCAAGUUCGAUUAUCUAGACUCUCCUGACAAGGACACGAUUGAACAUGCUCUCAAAACUCUUUACUAUUUGGAAGCAAUAGAAAAAACAGGAGAGUUAACUUCACUCGGAUUAGAACUCUCUAAGUUCCCUCUUGAACCGACUUAUACUAAAGCUUUACUUUGCUAUCAACACAUAAAAAAGAGUAAGUCACUAGAGGACAUGCUUAUACUUGUAUCGAUUUUAUCUGCUGAAAAUGUUUGGGUAGGCGUCAGUAAAAACGAUGAGUAGAAGUAAUAAAGGUUAGAAGAGGUGCGUAAAAGAUUCUCUGACACUAAAAGUGAUCAUAUGAGUUUAGUAAAUAUAUUUGAGGAAUGGGAGAAUCAGCCUAGGUACAGGCAAGAUGAAUGGUGCUUUAAGAACUUCAUUCAGGCAAGGGCUCUAAAGCAGGCCAAAAAUAUAAAAGAUCAGCUAAAAGAUUACCUUAGACAAGUCAAUUGGGAUAAGAUUCAGAGGUAAUUCGAUAGAAAUUAGAAUAGCAGAGGUAAUGAUAGUGGCAGAGUUACUGGUGAAGAGAGAUCUAAAUUACUGAGAAAAGCUUUAUGCUCUGGUUUUUAUAUGAAUACCUCAAGAAGAGUGCCUCACAACAUCAAAGAAGGCAGCUACUUGACAGUAAACGAAGGACUGAUGGUGAGGGUAGAUAGAUAAUCAAUAUUUCAAGUUGCAAGUUACUACCCUGAUUGGGUCAUCUACUCAGAGAUUACUUCAAGCACUGGUGGUAGUGCAGGCAUGAUGAGAUUGGUAAGCGAGAUUAAAAUGGAUUGGGUCUAAGAUAAGAUACCAUUACUUAAAGAGAUCGAUGUCCGAAGUCUAUGCGGAUUUAUAGAGGAAAAGCCUAGCUCAAACUUAGGAAAGAGAACUAAUCAAGAAAGAGACUAAGAUGGCUAGCCUUAAGAGGAAGAAAAGUAGUAGGAAAAAUCCAAAGAAGAUAAAAUCAGAGAGCUGAAGGAAAGAUAUGCCAAAAGAUAAAAGGUUACCAAAAAGUGA